AUGGGGUACGGCAUUGACGUGAAAAAGAAGUUGAAAAUGAAGGAUAAAGCUGAUGUUGUUGAAGCAAUAGUGGGUGAAUUGGUUCUUAAGUUGCACGAACCAACGAUCAAUACCGAAGGCUACCGAGUCCAUUUGGAUACAGUGGUCGCUACAAUGUUACGUACUCAUUUUAUGGACCAAGUACAGGCAGAAAAAGGACAGGAUGAGACAAGAAUGACCGUCAAAGGGCCAUUAAGUCUCGGCGUGAAUUUGUUUACGUGUUUACCAGCCGAACAACUGGAUGAAACAACGGGAAAGGUGAUCGUAACAAACGGAACACUUUUUGACACGGAUGAUACAAACAAAACACCAUAUGGAAAUCUUUUAGACGAGUAUAAACGAGACAAGGAAAAAGAGACAGAGGGUCCUGUCUUGCCUGAUUACUAUACAAAAAGGACUUGUAAUACGGUAGAAAAUGACAAACUAGUGGACAAGAUGGCGACUAUCAAUUGUAUUCAAGUGGCCAUGAUGCAGAUGGAUACUAACCAUAUUUUACGCACAUCAAGGGAGAUUUUUCAAGUGUUUAAGAUUUAUGGCAUGGCCGUCCUUUCGGAACGAACGAGUUUGUCGUUGGCAGUACCACAUGUAUCCUUGAAGUCUCAAGAGCACAUUAAAUGCUCGAAUAUUGUUACACCAGCAAGACUUACACGUCAAAGGCAGCUUAUACUCUCGGUGGCAAACCUUGCAGCAUGUGCGACUCGGUUGGGAAUUGCAGCACCAGUUGGUCGAGAUGUAGAUAUUGAUGAUGAUGAUGAUGAAAAAGUAGCUGCAUGGCGAUUGCAAGAAGAACAUGGGCUUGCAAAUACUUUACGUGCUUUUGUAGGCUUUCACAGCGCUGUAACUAUCACAUCGACCUCUGCAAUUCGCCAUAGCAAUGAACUAGUGGACACUAUUUGCACGGCACUGUACGAUGCAGCCUUUCCCAGUCGAACGGAAUCGAGUGCUUCUGCAUUGCGGUCGUCUAAGAUCCCUGAGAGAGAACCACUGAUGGCGAUGAUGCAAUCAGUGCACGAGGCGCGAUUGUUCAUGAGCAGCAAGACGUGUGAGAGUUUGCACAAACAAGGGGAGAGACCAGUAUCUGAUGCAGCGUUGAAUCGUGAGCGAAAUCUAUCGAAGUCAUCGCUCUUGUUCCGACAGUAUGGCUCCAAUAUGCUCAAAGAUUUUUUAGAGACACAGAACAAGGAGCAAGAAGCGCAGCAAAAGGAAACAGCGUUUGCAUCACCGACACGACGAAAGAAGAAACCCAAGCAGAAAAAGCUAGCUGACAGUUUGGCUGCCAAAGCAGGAUGCAUUACUCAAAAUCUCGAGCGUUUCCUACAUCGUCGAUUUCUUUUCUGCCUUGAAGAAAUUGUGGUACUGUUUGCACAGCAUAAAACGGAAGCUUGCCGAGCGCAGAUCACCGCAUUUCAACACGACCUUGUGCCGUGUGUAGAUGAGUUGAAUUUCCGAAAGUGGGAGGUCUCGACAAGUACACUGACGUUGGCGAUGCGAGACAGCUUUUUCAGGAUGUUGCUGCACGACAUUUGCCAGUUUCACGCCAUCAUAUCGUCAAGCAGGAACACGCGGGACGGAAAUCGGAUCACCCAGCUUCGACUGCCGCUUCAUUACACGUGGGCAAACAUUGACGCUCGGGUCACCUCGGAACAACACGCUCUCGUCUAA